CGAGCUCUGUUUAAAACACGAUAAAACGCACAAUAUUCGGCUUUCAAAUCCAUAUUUGUGUUAUAUAUCAUCUUAAAACAGGAAAAUAGAUCUUUUUACGUGAUCUUACGUGGUAUUUGUGAGUGUUUUGAAUGGAGGAGCAGACGGUAAAUCAACUGGACAACCUGCUGCUUCAGUUAGGUAUAGAAACACGAGAACUUGCUCAGAAGAAGGAUGACCUCAAACAGCAAAUACAAAUUUCUGAGUCCAUCAUUCAGGAGAAGAAGGAUUACAUUAGCACAACUCACAAUAUCAUCAACAAACUCAAUGAGGAGAUCCAGCAAAAACAAAACACUUUGAAAUUCAUCAAGGAAAACACUAAAAAUCUCCAGCGAACAGGACAUCUGCUGCUUCAAUAUGAAAAGACACUGGAAGCUGAGCUAGAGAAGAGACAGGACAGCUAUAAUCAAGACAUGAAAAUCUUCCAGGAGAGAAUUGAGAGCUACAAGAAUGUGUUUCAGCAGUAUAAGGAUCGAUACUGCCAGAACUCUUUGGCUCAAAAACUGCUGAAGAUCCAAGCCGAGAAUGAGGAAAUUGAGAGGAGGAUCAGAGCAACAGAAGAACAGAUACUGGAAAAAGAGAGAGAACUAAUGGCAGCACUGGGUGAGGAUGAGCCAGUCACUGAUGCUGCUGACAGUAAGUGUAAAGACAGUGAUGCUCCACAAACUGAAAAGAAUGAGUCAUUUGAUGAAAUGGACCCUCAUCAAGACACCAUAAUGCAGAGAGCUGAAGAAUAUGCAGAUGAGCACAUGGUUGCUGAAGAUCCUUCCGAAGAGAAUGAAGAUAAGAUAGCAGAAAAUGAAUCUCAAACGGAUUCAUUUUGUAAUGGCUUAUGGACAAAGACCGAAACUGAGGAAGAUCAAAUGCAAGAAGGUGAUCUGAAGCAGUCAGAAGAGGUGAAUGAACCGGAUGGGAAUAUGAGUGUUUCAUGUGCUUCUGAGCUCAUGGUGGAAAUGUCAGAGGAAGAGGAGGAGGAUCGUUUGGAGGCGACCACAGCAGAUGCUCAGGAGGACACGGCAAGCGAGGGUGGCAUCUGUCCUCCUCCAUCACCAGCUAUUUUAAAAGCCAUGCCGACCACCCCCACCUUCUCUCUAAACAACAGUCCCAGUUCCUCACCUGGACGGCAGGAGAUCUCAGACACUAAGUCGCCGGCUUUUGUCUUCUCGGUGAAUUCUGGUCCAAGCACACCUGCGUUCUCUAAGCUGGGCUGUGAUUUUGCAGCAGAAGAGGCAUCUCCAUUUACCUUCACAAGCUCCUAUUUCAGCGACAAGAAGUCACCAGGAUCGGCACCCAAAUUCUCAGGUUUUCUGUUUGAUGAAGCUGAGAGUCAUCAAGAAGAGUUUUCCUUCUCGUUUGGGACGGAGAGUCCUCGGCAGAUCUCUUCCACACAGGACACAGCAGGUUCUGCGGAUUCAUUUCCAUUUUCAUUCAGCUUUGGAAAAAUGUAA